UCGAGGUAGGUUGUAUCAAUCACGUGUUUCCAUCAUGGCAGAAUUGCGCACAAACACUAGCACGAAAAAGCGAACUAUCGGUCUUAUACUGGCUCGAGGAGGUUCGAAAGGAAUCAAGCUGAAGAACAUCAAACUUCUGGCUGGACGACCUCUCCUCUACUGGACGUUUCACGCCCUCCGAGAUUCCGGAGUCGUUGAUGAUAUUUGGGUGUCUACUGAUCAUGAUGAGAUCGAUCGUGUGGCACGAGAGGCUGGAGCUCUUAUUCAUCGACGUGGUGCCGAAGUGUCAAAAGACAGUAGCACAUCAGUGCAGGCAAUACUUGAAUUUUUGGAGAUCCAGAAACCAAACUGCGAUAUUAUUGUUCUUGCUCAAAUAACUUGCCCGUGUAUUAAACCGACUCACUUCCAAGAAAUAAUGAAGAUGUAUGAAAGUGGCAACUACGACUCAAUAUUUAGUGUUGUUCGUCUCCGUUUAUUUCGCUGGCAGGAAGACACUGCUGCAGGAGGCACUGUAUUGCCACUCAACGUUGAUCCAUACAAUCGACCUCAACGGAAACGAUGGAACGGCGAGUUGUAUGAAAAUGGAGCUGUUUACGUCACUCGCAAAGAUCUUCUCGAGAAUCAUGGCAUACUACAAGGAGGCAAGGUUGGAUGCUACGAAAUGGAGUCACACUUGUUUGUGGACAUUGAUGUUCCCGAUGAUUGGCCAAUUGCUGAGGAUCGAGUACGUAAAUAUGGCUACAACCCGAAAACAGCAGAUCAAAAAAUUGUUAUCAAGCUGCUUGUUAGUGAUGCUGAUGGUACGCUGACUAAUGGUCAAGCGUAUGUUUCUAGUACUAGACGCGAAAGUCGCUCGUAUAGUAGUGUGGACUUGACUGCUGUUAGGAAAAUUAAGCAGUUGGGCGUGGAUGUGCGUAUCGUGACCGCCAGCAAAGCAGGUGCUCACGUGCAUUGGGCAAAGCAGGCGGAUUGUACUAUUGCUACAGGAACGACUGACAAGCUGGCUAAAGUUGAUGAAUGGAGGAAGGAGAUGGGCUUGGAAUGGUCACAGGUGGCCUACAUUGGAGAUGAUUUUUUUGAUUUGGAAUGCAUUAAAAAGGCAGGAGUAAGUGGUGCUCCAGCCAAUGCAUCUCGAGAAAUCCAGCAACAUGCUGAUUACAUCACCUCAUCUACUGGUGGCAAUGGUGCAGUAAGGGACUUUUGCAAGUAUCUAAUGGAAACUUGCUGCUCUCAACAGAGUCAGUGACUAACCAUUAAAAACGAGAAAGACAUAUGAUUGAAGUUGUAGCAAGACAACGUAGAUAUGUCAUUCAUUUGAGCAACUAGUACAGUGUACUUUUUAUUCAAUGGAACCAAGGGUCAAAUAGUACAUACUAUAAUUACAUGUGAAGUACAGUAUGCAGACUAUGCAUGGUAAUCAUGUAGGUCAGUGAUGUUGUCUGCGCACAUGCACACGCACACGCACACACACACACACACACACACACACACACACACACACACACACACACACACACACACACUAUACGCAGUAUCAUUCAUCAUGGCAGAAUUGAGCACAACCAGUAGGACAAAGAGUCUUGAUACAAGCUGUUCAACCAAUAAUAUUUCUACUUCUUUUGUCAUAGAGUUUUAUUUAUCUAGGUUUAGGAUGGAAUGCAUGAAAGGUUUUGAUAAGUUCACUUACAUAGCUAUAGGUCAACAGGUAGAGUUCUGCAUCAUAUUUUUAUAUGGCAACAACAAUGAUGUGGUGUAACUUACCUGUACGUGCGGGUCAUCAUUUGAGAAGUUAAUGGUGCCACAAUGCAGGUAAAUAGGCAUUGUCA